AAUCAAUUCCCACUACCAAAAAAUGAUGCGACUUAAAAAAAAGAUCCAGUGUGAAGGCGUCACUACGGAUCCUUAGUUGUCACUAAAAGCAUUUGUUUUGCGAAGAGGGCUUACAAUGUCUUCUGUUUACGACCAACCGAGUAAGGAGCUCACCUCUCAACUUAAAGCCUCCAGCUCCCUGGACAAACACGCGCAACAUCUCCUAUCUCAGAUCAACAAAAUGAGGAAUAAUCUGGAGUUUUGUGAUGUGCAAAUACAAAUUGAUGAUACAUUGUUUGGGCUGCAUAAGCUGGUGCUGGCCGCCAGCAGUCCGUAUUUUGCUGCCCUGCUGGCUGGCGGCCUGCGAGAGUCUUCAAAUGAUGUUGUACAGAUCCAAGGAGUGGAACCCAGCAGUUUUGAACUCCUUUUGGAUUUUAUUUACACAGGUUCAGUGAACAUCAGCACGGAGAAUGUUCAGGAACUUCUGACGGCAGCAGACAUGCUACAACUGGACCACGUGGUGGACCUGUGCUGUGACUUCCUUAAGGGGCACGUGGAUCCAGCUAACUGUAUAGGCUUCUUCCAGUUAUCUGAGCAGCUGGUUUGCCAGUCCUUGCUGGAGUACACAGAGAGCUACAUACACGCACACUUCCCAGAGGUGCAGCAGGGGGAGGAGUUCCCAGCGCUCACAAAGGACCAGCUGGUGCGUAUUCUGCGCAGUGAGGAGCUUUGCAUUGAGGAUGAAUACCAGGUCUUCUCUGCUGCUAUGAUCUGGAUCCAGAAGGACAUCGGAACACGCAAGCGACAUGUAGUGGAGGUUCUGGAACCUGUGCGCUUCUCACUGCUACCUCCACAAAGGCUACAAAAAAAUAUUGAAGAUAUCACAGAUUUCAGCCUGAGGGUGGCAUUGCAGACUCUGUUGAGAGAAUACUGUGAGCCAAUCCCUGCGACAAAAGACAAGAAUAUGUGCAGCUUUCUGCAGACAGCCCGUGUUCGACCACGCAGGAAAGCCCGGAAAUUUCUGUAUGCAGUUGGUGGUUACACUCGGCUACAAGGCGGCCGCUGGAGUGACAGCCGAGCUCUGAGUUGUGUGGAACGUUUUGAUACCUUCACCCAGUAUUGGAGCACAGUCUCCUCUCUGCAUCAGGCUCGCAGUGGGAUGAGCGUGGCUGUAUUGGAGGGGAUGAUCUACGUAAUUGGAGGUGAGAAGGAGUCGAUGAUCUUUGACUGUGUGGAAUGCUAUGACCCUGUGACUAAGCAGUGGUCAGCUGUGUCUUCUAUGAACCAGCCGCGCUGUGGUCUCGGAGUCUGCGCCUGCCACGGGGCCAUAUAUGCUCUGGGUGGCUGUAUUGGGGCGGAGAUCGGAAAUGGCAUUGAGCGUUACUCUCCAGAGGAGAAUGCUUGGCAGAUUGUCGGCAGCAUGCCAGUGCCAAGAUACUAUUUCGCUUGCUGUGAAAGACAAGGUUUGAUCUAUGUGGUUGGUGGGAUCAACCAUGAGGGGAGUGAGCUCUGUUCUGUUGAGAUGUACGAUCCGAUUGCCAAGCGCUGGACAGCUCUGCCUCCGAUGAGUACCCACCGGGCAUAUCUUGGCGUUGCUGCUUUAAAUGACUGUCUUUAUGCUGUGGGAGGUUGGAACGAGAGACAAGAUUCACUUAAUACUGUGGAAAAGUUCUCUUUUGAGGAGGAGAAGUGGGUGGAAGUUGCUCCUAUGAAGGCCCCCAGGGCAGGAGUGUCUGUGGUCAGCGUAAAUGGGCUCCUAUAUGCAGCAGGGGGACGAGCCAGUACCCAGAACUUUUCAGCUCCUGUGACGUCUGACUCUGUAGAGGUUUAUAACCCUCACACGGAUACUUGGACUGACAUUGGCAGCAUGAUCACCAGCCGCUGCGAAGGCGGCUUAGCUGUGCUAUGAAAAUGAAAUGCCUCUUUCUUGUCCUUAUAAGGGGUGGAUAUUUUAUACCCAUUUUCGCCAAUGGAGUUUUCAUGACAAAUAUGCAGAACUAACAAUUUUCACACAAAUGUGAAGUUAUGGUUGUGCACAUACUUACAUUUAAUCCAAAUGACCUUUUUUUUAAACAGGUUACCAACCAACAUAAUAAUUACUACCUUAUGGAAAGGAAUACAGAAACAUCAUCAUUUUGUUUUGUUUUGCAAGUUUCUGACAUUCAGAUACUAAACAUUGGUGGUUUACAACAAAAAACUAUGAGGACACACAACAUUUAAAAAAACCUUUUUGAUUAUUAGAUUCACAGGGGUGGAGAGCCUUUCGCUAACACCAUACUGCUUCCAAGAUAAUUUUUUUCUAAAGAUUAUUGCCAGUUUCCCCACACACAAAAUAAUGUAUCUGAGAAGUGGAUUUCUGUUUUGCUGACUGGAUCAGUUACAUAAUCCCGAGUAGCUACGUUUAUGUUUAUAUGAGAGCAUAUCAGGUCUGCAACAAAGGAAUACAGAUGUUUUGGUAAAGUGAAGUGAGUUGGUUGAACCAACUAUUUAUAUAUAUAUAUAUUUAUAUUAAAUGGGGAAUAGAGUUUACAAACCCUGAUUUCUCUUUAAAGGGAGAUAACAUUUAAAAUUGAAAUCUGCACAUCAGUUUGAGUAUUGUGUUCCUUUAAUUAUAUCUGUAAAUUACAGUACCUCACAAAGAAAAUGUAAUGGUCUCAUAAAAGGAGCAACAUACUAUAAUCAACUUCCUUUUUAGGAUCAAUAAAUCCAAAAACUAUAUAUAUGGAACAUUGGGUUUGGAUUUUUGAAAGGCUAGAAUAAAAUAUUCUCAUUGUUAGAGAAGUUCAAUAUAAAUCUAUUCUAAUGAAAAACAAUUUAAUUGUUUAAAAAUAUAUCACUUAAAGGGAUAGGAAAGUCAAAAUUAAAGGGACAUUAAACACUAAAUACAUGCUAGAUAGAGUGAUGCAUUCAAAGAAAAUAUUAGUCUAUAACUAACAUGUAGAUGUAUUUUUUAAAGUUUCAUUAGUUGUUUAAAAAGUGACAAAAUAAGUGUAGAGUUUUAGUGUCUAUAAAACACUGGGAGCUGCCAUGUUGUAACUUGUGUUACCUUCUCUGCUGUGGCCAAUUAGAGACAGUUAUAAAUAGGUCAUUAGAGUGUGCAGCCAAUGGUUGUGCUGGAUUUAACAGUGUUCUGCACUUCCAUUUCUAACAGGAACUGAAAAGCUCACAAUUUCAGAAUGGAAUUACAGGCAAAGAGGACAAAAUAAAUAAUGAAAGUAUAUUGCAGAGUUGUUUUUUAUAUACAAUUUAUAAUUUUAUAUUACCAUCUCAAAGUGUUUAAUGUCCCUUUAAUCUUGCAUGAUUCAGAUAGAGCAUGCUAUUUUAAUAUUUUUAAAUUGACUUCUAUUUUUAAAUGUACUUUUUCUCUUGGUAUUCCUUGUUGAAAAUGAAUACACACAUAUCCUACACUAGUGGGAGCUAGCUGGUGAUUGGUAUCUGCACCCAUUUGUCUCUUGUGAUUGGCUGACUAGCUCCCAGUAGUGCAUUACUGCCACUUCAGCAAAGGAUAUCAAGGGAAUGGUGCAGAUUUGAUAACAGAAGUAAAUUAUAAUUUUAUUUAAAAUGAAAUGUUCUAUCUGAAUCCUGAAAGAAAAACAAUGGGUUUCAUGUCCCUAUAAGCUUAUGCCACCAGAAGCCUCUGCAAUGUAUUUCCCUUUUAAAGAGACAAUGAACCUGUAAAGCUUUAUGGACUGUGCAAUAAAGUGUUGGUGUUGUAAGAGCA